AUGUCGACAAGACAAAACAACAGCGCGGAGCUCGGCUUGGCCAACUCGGGGCGCGCAAGUCUGCGCUUGUUUCUGUGCCUUAUCGUCGUCGCCGUCGUCAACUUGAGCAGCUUCCAGGUCGGCUACAUCAUGGGCACGGGCUCGAUCGAGCAGCGUCAGCUCGCAUCGGGCAGCGGUACGGCGUCAGGCCAAAACACGGAGCUCUUUCCGGAGCCAGAGAUGUUGUCGCCCUUAAUUCCAACGGAAGAGUUCGAGUUCGACGAGGACUUUUCAACACCGUUAACGUCGCUUCCGACGACCGAAGUCGAAGCCACGGUCCAGCCAUCAACAGUGACGCCGGUCGCAACGACAGAUGAGCCGACGCCGACACCGACCACAGUGCUUCCGACACCUCAGCCCACCCCAAAGCCCACGCCCGAGCCCACCCCCGAGCCGAUUACCGAUGCCCCGACACCCGAGCCGACCACGGAGCCUCCCACGCUGCCGCCGACAACCGUGGCGCCGACACCAGAGCCGGUCACGGACGCCCCGACGCCGCCACCGACGACGUCGCCAACUCCCGUGCCUCUCGUCACCGACCAGCAUGGCAACGUGUACCCGACGGAUCCCAACGGCAAAAUUGACUGCGCCGUGCACAACAUGGGCCACUUGGUCGAAGCGUACGUCAACAAGACCGAGUGCUACCCCGUCUCGGAGCGCCGCGCCCGCGUCCGGAUGAUGCUGCUCGAGAUCACGCGCGCGCUGGAGCACCAUGGUAUUGAGUACUGGCUCGACAGCGGCACCCUUCUCGGUGCUGUGCGUGGCGGCGACAUCAUUCCCCACGACGUUGACGCCGACAUUGGUUUGACGCAAGCCUCGAUGAACGAGCUGCGGCACAAAAAUCUCUCGACGCUCUUGCCGCGCUACGAGCUUUUCCUGCGCGACAGUUCGCUGUACCGUGACGGCCCGUACUGGUACCUGCCAGGUCGGUUUGUGGACAAGCACACGGGGCUGUACACGGACGUCUUUGAGUUUUUGCCGUCGCAGCAGCCGGCGAACGCGAUGUUCUCAAGCACGAACGGCACAAUCGGCGCGCUGCUCAUGCCAUCAGUCAACGCAAUUGUCCACGGGACGGUCGAGAUGCUCGGACCCGUCCAGUCGGGCUGCUGGUACACGUGCAAGUACUGCCCCGAUACUUGGUACUUCAACAUCCCGCGCGAGUGGGUGUUUCCGCUCCAGCGAUGUACGAUUGCUGGCACAAGCAUGUGGUGCCCCGCCCAGCCCGACAAAUACCUCACGAUGCUCUACGACGAGACAUAUAUGAACUAA